GGGAGAUUUCCAGCCAAUCAUGAUUUGGAUUUUAUCAUGUGAUUCAAGUCCAAUAGUAGUAUGUAUGAUGUAUUGUUUUGUAAGUAAAGAAAAGGCUGACGCAAUACAUUAAACACCUAUUGAAAUCUAACAAUGAUAAAAGCAAGCAAUGCAAAAGACGUCUGCUACUUUGUCGAAAUUGGUCAGAAGGGCUAUAACUCCCAUUGCGUCAAGUUCGACCUCGUUCUCAAUCUGGAACACGUGUGGUAAACUUAACAUGGCUGAGUCAAUAGAAGGUUUGAGUAAGAAUGAACAGAAGAGACGUCUGAAAGCCGAAAAAAGGGCUCAGGAAAAGGCGGAAAAAGAAGUGACAGAUGAAUUUCCCAGCAAGACAGAUGGUGAAGUUAAAACCAAACCCCCAGUAGAAGAAUUGGACGAAACCGCUUACUUCGAUUACCGCUCAAAUGUUGUGGCUCAAUUGAAAGAAACCAAGGAACAUCCGUACCCUCAUAAAUUUCACGUGGAUACGUCACUGACAACAUUUAUUGAAAAAUACAAUCAUGUACAACCAGGUGAUAUCUUGGACGAAGUUGUCAGUGUAUCAGGUCGAAUCCACGCCAAAAGAGAAGCCGGGGCCAAGUUACUAUUUUAUGAUUUACGGGCCGAGCUGGUAAAAAUUCAAAUAAUGGCGAAUUCCAAACAUUACCAACCAGAAGAAGAAUUUGAGGCUAUUAAUGACAAAUUGAAGAGAGGUGAUGUCGUCGGUGUCCAAGGGAAACCAGGGAAGACGAAGAAAGGUGAAUUGAGCAUUAUACCGACCAAAAUGGUGUUACUCUCCCCUUGUCUCCAUCAAUUGCCGCAUAUGUAUUAUGGCGUUAAAGACAAGGAGACUCGCUACAGGCAACGAUACCUAGAUAUGAUCAUAAAUGAAGAGGUUCGAAACAAGUUUAUAACGAGAGCUAAGAUCAUAAACUACAUUAGGAAAUUUUUGGACAAUAUGGGAUUUUUGGAAGUUGAAACGCCCAUGAUGAAUAUGAUUCCAGGUGGAGCCAGUGCUAAGCCGUUCAUCACUCAUCACAAUGAUCUAAAUAUGGACUUGUACAUGCGAGUUGCUCCGGAGUUAUAUCUUAAAAUGCUAGUUGUCGGAGGUUUAGAUCGUGUUUACGAAAUCGGCAAACAAUUCAGGAACGAAGGAAUAGACCAGACGCAUAAUCCAGAAUUCACGACAUGCGAAUUUUAUAUGGCAUAUGCAGAUUACAAUGAUCUAAUGGAUAUUACGGAGAGUUUGGUGUCCGGAUUAGUCAAGUCUCUCUUUGGGGGAUAUAAAGUAAAUUUUCAUCCCGAUGGACCAGAAGAUGAGGCUGUUGAGAUCGAUUUCACUCCACCAUUUAAAAGGAUCAGUUUAGUUUCAGAACUAGAAAAGAUCUUAAAACGUAAAUUUCCAGACCCACAAACAUUUGAUAAACCAGAAGCUCGUGAAUUUCUAGACAAGCUGUGUAGAGAAGUAGACGUAGACUGCACCCCACCGAGAACCACUGCUCGAUUACUUGACAAACUGGUUGGAGAAUAUAUAGAAGAGCAGAUAAUCAAUCCAGCUUUUAUCAUGGAUCAUCCGCAAAUUAUGAGUCCCCUUGCCAAAUGGCACAGAACUAUACCUGGCCUGACUGAAAGGUUUGAAGCAUUUGUAAUGAAGAAAGAGAUCUGUAAUGCUUACACAGAAUUGAACGAUCCAGUUGUCCAAAGACAGAUGUUUCAACAACAAUCUAAAGACAAGGAGGCUGGAGAUGACGAGGCUAUGUGUGUCGAUGAAAAUUUCUGCACGGCCCUUGAGUAUGGUUUACCUCCGACAGGUGGCUGGGGUAUGGGUAUCGAUAGGUUAACGAUGUUCCUCACAGAUUCCAACAAUAUCAAAGAAGUUCUUUUGUUUCCGGCCAUGAAACCAGAUGAUCAGAAAGCUCCAGGGAAGGCAGAUGAAGCUCCAUCAGAUGGCAGCAAAUAAUUUAAUUUGAUAAGUUUUGUUAACCAGCAUGUCUCCUCCCUGAAAACUUUUGAAAACGAUAAUUGUUCGCAGAUUUGAUCCCAGUAAGACACUUAAUUUAUUUAUUUGUGGAUUGACAGUGUCGUAAUACGAAGGUGCAAUGUUAUUUGUGUGGUAAAUGAGAAGUGGUACUAGGUGUUAUUGACUAAAAGAUGAUGAAUUUAAAAUCUACUGAAUCGUGUUAAGACAUUGUUAAUUAUCGUAUUGUAAAUAAUUGUCAGAUUUACUGGAAACUAGAAGUGAUUGAAUUUAGUUUAAAUUUUAAAUAAAUAUUUGAUUAUUAAAGAAAAAUGAAUGAGUAGAUAAAUUACAUGUAAUAUCAAUUUAAAAGUUGCUGAAUCAUGUUAAUUAAGACAUUGUUAAUUUUGUUUAAUUACCGUAUUGUAAGGAAUUGUCAGAUUAUUACUGAAAACUAGAAGUGAUUGAAUUUAGUUUAAAUUUUAAAUAAAUAUUUGAUUAUUAAAGAAAAAUGAAUGAGUAGAUAAAUUACAUGUAAUAUCAAUUUAAAAGUUGCUGAAUCAUGUUAAUUAAGACAUUGUUAAUUUUGUUUAAUUACCGUAUUGUUAGAUUAUUACUGAAAACCAGGCAUCGAUAUUUCCGCGCAGGCACAUUUGCUUGAAAAUUUUUUAUUUUUGCAGGCACAUUUUUAAAGAUGUAGCCACGCCGGGCGGCGCCUGCGCCCGGCACUAUUUUUUGCCGCCCAGCAUAAAGAAAAAAUCGAAAAAGGCCCAGUCGUAUUUAAACCCCUUCGUCCUUCUCUGUACACAAACUCGAAAUUUACCACAGCAAUUAAACGGCAAAGCCAUGGUAAAAGCCGACGUACGCAAACCAUGUCUGUCACGGCAUAAUUUAUUUUUGUGUGCCGUAGUAGACCCUAUCAUCCCAAAUUAGUUUAAAGAAAGAUGUAUUGGUAUUUUGUUUAUUUAUACUUAGAAGAUGUGUAGGCCUAGGUCUAUUCAUUUUACAAUUAUUCUACGGUCUUUAUAUUUGUUUAUUUGCCGUAAAUAGGUCACCCAGACCAAUUUACGGCACUCCAAUGUUAAAGGUUUGAAUGUCGUAAUUGUCCAACACGUGCCUGCAAAUUUUCACGAUGAUCUUAUUUUAUUUCUUACCUGUGUUGACCGUGGAUUUGCUAUGGCCCGAGAGUAGGUCCUCAACUUAUCUAUCCAGAGAAACAGAGUGGGGCCGGACAAUUUUAUGCUCGGUCGGGUGGUGUCAAAAAGUUUUUAGAUCCCUGUAUCAUUGAUGAAAAUUAAGUGAAUUUGGUAAAAUUUGAAUAUAUCAAUGGAAAUUUGAUUUGCACUGAACCAAAUACAAAAGGCAGCAGAUGCUCUGAAAAUACACCAAGAAGGGUUUAAUUUUCAUAAAAGACCACGCCCCCUCCCAAAUUUUUUUUUGCCUCGCUCCGCUCGCCAAAUAUAUUUUAACACCAGUCACCAAAUCCUGGCUACAUCCCUGUGUUUCAGUAUGACCCUGCAGGCACACUCAACUUUUAUACAGCCCUGCUGAAAACUAGAAGUGAUUGAAUUUAGUUUAUAUUUUAAAUAGAUAUUUUGAUUAUUAAAGAAAAAUACACAAGUAGAUAAAUUACAUGUAAUAUCAAUUUAAAAGUUGCUGAAUUAUGUUAAUUAAGAUAUUGUUAAUUUUGUUUAAUUAUUGCGAAAACUAGAAUUUUUAUUUUUUAGAUAGAUAUGUUGAUCAUUAAAGAAAAAUGCACUAGUAGAUAAAUUAAUAUCAAUUAGUUAAAUAUUAUUUUUUUUGAAGAUAAUAAAAGUUGAGUAUUGAAUAGUUCAUACAGAAGGAAAAUAAAAUGAUAAAAAAGGAAA